AGCUGCUUGGGCUCAAAGGCUUUCCCGCCCCUGGUCCCGAGGCACUGACAUGAUGCUAUUCCAGCGUGCUUGCACCCUGCGGGACCCGCCAUAGCCAUGUCCAUCAGUGAUGAAGUACCGGCGUCCAGCGAAACUGACAAGUCGAGUGGCGCAGGCGCGCUGCGUACUGAGGCGAGUACGUGGGCACCGUCUGUUGUGGACACCGAGAAGGUUGAGCCCAUGGCCGCGUCAAACAGCGAUGGGGUGCUGGUGGGCGCAGAGACUUUCAAGUCGGAGACCGCCUGCGUGCCAUCAACCGCGGCGAGCGUGUGGCCGCCGUCUGCCGUGGGCACCGUGCCCAAGGCCCCGCCCACCAGAAAUGGGACGCCAGUGGCCGCCGAACCUGCCAGGUCGGAGGCCGCAGGCGCGCCGCCAGCCGAGGCGAGGAUGCGAACGCCGUCAGCUGUGGACACCGAGCAGGCCAUGCCCACGGCCACGUCCACGAGCGACGGGGCACCAGCGGCCGCCGAAGCUGCCGGGUCGAAGGCCGCAGGGACGCCGCCAGCCGAGGCGGGGCGGCGUGCGCAGUCCGCCGCGGGCACCGAGGAGCUCGCGCUGACCAGCCUCAGAAGGCGGGAGCUGCGGGCUUUGCUGAAGCGGACCUGGCAGAAGGCGAGUGCAAUGGCGGAGGCGGGGGAGAACCAGUCUGGUUGCCAUGGGUCCUGCGGCGCCGCCAAGUGCGGCGACGGCAGCGCUGCCGAGGAGGGGCUUGCGAAGACGACGGAGGAGGGCGACCUUGCGGCCAAGCGGCGCAGGCUGGACGCCCGAGAGGAGGGCCAGGCGAGGGAUGUGAAGGCUGUGGCCCGGGCUGCCUGGGAGGCCUCGGCAUGGGAGGAGAAGGGCGAUGUGCCGCUGGACGAGCGCGGCAACAGCUACCCCUGCUGGCUGUGGGGCGAUCGCGGGGGGCGGGCGGCAGCCGCGCAGUCGCAGGCAUAUCCACCUGAUGGCGCUGGCUACGACUACGCUGAUUGGGCGUCCGAGGGAUGGGCUACAAAGGACGGAGGAGGAGCGGGAGGAGGAGGAGGAGGAGGAGGGCACUUCGCCCCGCACGCGGACGCGUCGCCGCCUGCGCAUCCGUUGUUCGCCGCUGGCCACGCCCACCCCAGCUUUUGCGCCAGUGGGGCGCCCAAGGGGUGGCCUGCAGAAGUUGCCGGAGCAGGAGGGCUCUUCGCUCUUCAGGCGGCCGCUGCCGGCGCAACCCAGGCCCACUCCGGCAGCGCGGCCGUCGCCGAGGUGCCCCGGGACGCACCUGGCGUCGCGCCGGCGCGAAGGGCGCCCUGCGUCCCGCCGAAGGGGUGGGUCGACGCUGGAUGGAUCGACGACUGCGCCGCCAGCUACGACGCUCCUCCUCCCUACGAGUAUGACCUGUGAUGACUGCGACGCCUCCUACGAUAAUUCCAAGCCGCCGACAUGGGGCCCUGGUAGGCGGGCUCGGAUGGUCGCGCCGCAUCGCCGAUGCCUCGGCGUUGCGGCCUGACAUGGGGCCGUGUCAUGACCAUCCUGACGUCGCCGAUGCAUCUGCGAUCCUCCGGCCCCACUUGCUCCAGCCCCACUUGGGUGGCCUCCAACCAUGGCGAAGUGUGAAUAAUAGUGAACAGCUCGAGAGAAGGGGUCCCGCGCACGCAGGUGGACACCCGUGACCGCUCGAGCGCUCUUGGGCAAAACAUGUUGGCACCGCAAUACAUGUUAAG